ACUGCCUGCAAGCCCGCAGCUAGAGACGAUCGAGAAAAUCUUGCUUUCCUGCAUGACAUUUCCAAAGGACGGGCAUUGCAAUCUGCAUAUGAGCUGAGUGAAAGUCGUGCUGUGGAAAUGUCAUGGUCUCCUGCUCAGACGUCUAACAACCGCUUCUGAACAGGAGUGAUUGGUGACAAAGUAUCUACUGAAGUGUUUGCAACGUACAAAGCAAUGUUCUAGAUUUGCCAGGGGUGUGUGCCGGCGUAGAGAUCUGUUGCUUUAGGUGCUCAGAAAGUUUCUGGCAUAUGGAUAUGCUUGGCAACCUUGUUUCGUUACGAGCAAAAUAGUACUCAAGAUCUUAUAGUCUGCAACACAGGGGUGAGGGUAUUGGUUGGGGCAGUCACGUGGAAAAAGCUACCUAAAGGAAGGAGAAAGGCAGGCAGAAAUUUCCGAGAAGUUUCUGGGGAAAGCUCCUGGGCAGUUCGUGUGUCCCUGCAUUGCACGAGUCUCGUGCAGCGGUUGGAGCUUUCUUCCGGAGUCUACUUAGGUUUAAAGAGUAACAAGCGCAUAGAAGCUACAGAAACCUGCUGCGUGUGCAACACCCAGGAGUAGCGGCAGCAAACAGGGUCUGAAGACAGAAGUAGGGCGGGAAAAGGAUCAGAUGGAGGGGGAAGAAAUAGCAUAGCAAUCAGAGGGGCGGAACUCGGCGCGCAACUCGAGCAGGUAGCAGUUGGCACGAUUCACGUCCAACCUCGAAAGAUCGGUGGGCCCCUCUGGGCAGUAUGUGGUGCCUAGACCGUCAGCCGGAUCGCUCGUGCCUCGUAGCCUGUUUCUCGCACGCCAGGGGAUAACCCGCCGCUUCCUCCAUAAGCUAUGGGCCGGUCGAGCAGCCCGGGGCCGACCGAGGUCCUGGCAGCCCCCGGCGCGCCUCCCCCCUGGUCGCCCUCAAUGCUAACCAACUUUGACCUCCCAGCAAACCUCCACUUUGACUCCCUGGGGGGAAAGGACGAGCACGCGGCACACCCCCUUCCGAAUGGCUCUCCGAGCCCCCCCCCGGAUGUGUUUGAGGAGCGCACUGCGAACAGUUGGGGGGGGGCUUUCUCAGGGGAUCUCUUCCCCAGCAGCCCGGGUCUAAACGGCCAGGAGGGGAUGAGUCCCCUGGACCCGAGUAAUGAUGCGCUGAUGUCAGAGCUGAUGGAGUUGGACCCGCUUCCGGAUCAUCUGACGGACGGCUGGCUGGGGGGUCCAGACGCUAGCUUUUCUCUGUUUGGGGUCCCCUCCCCGAGCUCACCCUCCCCCCAAGCGCCCUCCACCUCGGGGGGCUUCUCUUCGAUCUUCCGAGGGGCGGGCUCUCCUUCUGGGGGAAUGGAGGGCGCGCUUCUUGCAAUGUUGGGGGGAAAUGCAGGCGAAAGUCUGUCUCAGGGGGGGGGUAGAAACGGGGAGGAAGAGGACUCGCUCGCGCUCGAGCCGCUUCCAAAGCGGGGCCGCAACGGGGGGGAGCCCUUUUUGGACGAGUCCGGCGAGUCGGACAGUCCGAGAGAGCCGGAGAACGUCGAGGUGCAGUCCAUCGUCCCCAGGGGGAUCCCUCCGGAGACGGACCAGUUUCCGAACCGCUUCCGGGAGCGGCUCUUGCACGCGCUCAAGUUCGUCGGCCAAGCGCGGCGGGACAUCCUCGCGCAAAUCUGGGUUCCGAAGAAGGAGGGCUCCCGGCAGUUGUUAACCACACGCGAGCAGCCGUACCAUGUGGACGAAGCGCUGGAUAAGCUGAAAGUGUACCGGAACGUGAGCGCGAGCUUCCUGUUUGACGCGGAGAUGGGCACCGGGUUUCAGGGGCUGCCGGGGCGCGUGUUCAAGUCGGGGCGGCCGGAGUGGUCGCCGAACGUGCAGUAUUACACGAGCGCAGAGUACCUCAGAGUGGACCAUGCAACACGGUGCAACGUCCGGGGCUCGCUGGCGGUGCCCAUCUUUGAGCCAACUAGAGAGGGGCCGGUUGCGGUGAUGGAGCUGGUAAUGAUGGGGGAGGACGUGCGCGCGGGGCAGCAGAUCGACUCCAUCUGUAAUGCUCUGCAGGCUGUGAGCCUGUCGAGCAUUCGCGCAUGGGAGCCCCUACCCCAGGAGAUCCGCCCCUCGUUUCAGGGGCCCGUCAUGCAAGAGAUCCUGGACGUGCUAACUAGAGUGUGUGAGGAAAACGGCCUCCCGGUCGCCCAGUGCUGGCUGCCGUACGAAUCGGACGAGAGCGGGGGCUCCGGACACGUGAGCGUGGACGAGGGGAAAGUGCUGCGGACGGAGGGGGGGCCGUGCUGCGUGACUGACGCGCGGCUCUGGGGGUUUCGGCAGGCAUGCUGCGAGCACAAGCUCCAAGCCGGGCAGGGCACUCCGGGCCAGGCGCUUCUGCGCAACACGCCCGCGUUCUGUGAGGACGUGAAGGAGCUGAGCAAGUUGCAGUACCCACUUGGACAUUACGCGCGCCACUUUGGGCUGGGGGCCGCGGUGUCGAUCCGACUCCGGAGUACGCAGACUGGGGACGACGACUACGUGGUGGAGUUCUUUCUGCCGGCCAGCUGCGUGAGCCACGCCGAGCAGCAGGCCGUGCUGUCGGCCAUCUCUGCGACGAUGGCGCGCAACUGCCGGACGCUUCGGACGCUGCGGCCAGACGAGGUCGACCCGGACAUGCUGGACGACUCGGACGAAGACGAAGAUGACGACGAGGAUCUCGAUGGGGAGGACGGAGACGAGGCCCAAUCGUCACCACUCACCGCCCCGCUCAUUCCUUCCGAGGGCCCCCCCUUCUCCUCCCGGCCCUCCUCCGCCGCCGGCUUCUCUCUCGGGGGGGAAGACGUCAAAGUCGGAAUCACCCCCCCCGCCCGGCCCGCCGGCUCCGCUUCUUCGUCGGUAGCCCCCCCCAGCGCAAGCGGCGGCCCGAGAGACGUUUUAGACGACCCAGUGGAAGAGAAGGUCAACAUCGCUUUGGGGGGGUUACCGCGGCCAGGGGGGUCGCAACGGGGGGUUAGUAUGCACGGGAGCGAGGGGGGGGCGAGAGAGGGCUCCGUGAGGGGGGGCUUGCCGAGGGAAGGAUCGCUGCGGGGGGGCUUGUUACGUGAGGGUUCCGUCAGAGACGGGUCGUUGGAAGGGUCCAUACGAGAUGGGUCCGUGAGGGACGGGUCCAUACGAGAUGGGUCGGGGAGCGGGAGCGACGUGCCGAUCCUGCAGCGUAUGCAGGCGUUCCGGGAGAAGCAGAAACCGGGGGGGCCGUCGCAGCAGCAAAACGCCCCCCCCCCCGACACGGCCGCGGCUGAUCCUGCCGGGGCCGGCGUCCCCCCCUGGGGGAGGAACGGCGGCGCGUGCAGUCGGUUUCGGACCGGAACAUCAGUCUGGCGACGCUCCAACAAUACUUCGCGGGGAGUUUGA